AGCAGUCUCACCCCUACCCAUAGCACACCACUGUUUGUGUUUUUCGUUUGCCUCUCAGUCAACUGUCUGUUUAUAAAUUCGCCAUUUGUUUGCAUUAAUUAUAAAAAUAAAAUGUUUUGUUAUUCAUCUGGAAAUUAGUAUAAUGGGUUAAGUAAUAAGUAAGCAAAUGCCAAUAUAUGGAUUUAUUUUAUGUCCAGUGCCAGCACAAGCGAGGGACUUUGGGUGGAAUAGCGAACGCUUCAUCAAAACAAACUCGGUCAUCUGAAUAAUGCAACUUAUUGCUGGCAAAAUAAGAAAAGUGAAUUGUUUUUAUGGUGAAUGAUCCUCACAGGCAUCUAAAAAUGUAGAAAACAUGCUAUAUAUUAGUUUUUGAAAAACUUUUAAAUGUCAGCUGCAAUUGCAAUGUUUUUGACAGCUAUACCAUUUUUCACCAAAAAAGAACGUUUGUAUUGUUUAUUUAUUAAUCCUAAACAAUUAGUCAAUUGCUCUCAUAUUUACAGUGUAAAGAUUCAGUUGUAGUUUGUAAAUUUAAUUGAAGUGAUCACUUAGGUUAUGUCAGUUAUGAACAAGAGACGGAAAUCUCUUACAUGAUACCCUUAGACACAUCAUUAGAAUUUAAAUAUGGUUUUUGGAUAAGAAAAAUUAAUUUGUGGAGAUGGAUCCAGGAGUCCCAAGUGUACCCAUCACCACACUAGCGGGUGUAGCAAGUCUUACAGAUUUGCUCCCUGAAAUGCCAUUACCAACCCCUUCACCGCAGACAUUAAGUAAUAAGUCAUUACUGUUCCAUCCUCGGGUGGCAGAAGAAGCACAAAAUUUGCUUGGUGUCCGGGAUGAAAUUUUGGUACCUCAAUUAGUUCAGUCAUUGGAGAAAACGUCUGCAGAACACAUUGAAGUAAAAGAUAAUUAUGCAGGGGCAGAGUCAAAACUUGAACAACAGGAGUCUAUGCCCGAAUUAUUAAGGGCUCUCUUGGAUACUAAUGCAAGCAUUUUUAGUGAUAAUAAAUCCCAGAGUCCUAAUCAAGUGGUGCAACAAACGCAGAUAUCAGUGACGCAAAAUCAACAGCUCCAAGCGCAAGCCCAAGAGCAACCUCAACCGCAGCAGACAGCUAAUCAAACACAAGCACAAUCUCAGCAAUGGAAUCAUACGGGUCAACCAGCAGAUCAGACAAAAGAUAAGGAAGAAAAUCAACCUACAACUCAAAGUCAAGUUACAAAAACAAUAACAACAACAAAAACAACAUCAGCAAAAAUAACACCAAGUAGUACCAAUCCACAAAAUUUGCAGAGUUCUCAGAACUCAAACCAAAGUACAAGUUCAACGACUAGUUCAUCAGAGACAAGUAGUAGCUCAAGUGGAAAUUCUACAAAUCAACCAAUACAACAAGGACAAUCCGCAAGCAGUAAUAGAACCUCCCAGGCAGAUCAAAACAGUGCUAAUCCGUCCGAGAUUGAACAAAAGCAAAAAAAUGUUCAACCACCUCAGAAUACUUCUGUAAAUAAUUGCAAUAAUAGUCGUCUAACAGAAACCAAACAAACUUCGCAAACUUCUACAAGUGAGCUUAGACAGUUAAGGCGGAACCCUACAAGAACCCAACAAGUAAACGUGGCAAAGACUGAAGUAACACCCACAGUUCCAAUUCCGCAACAAAAGCAGGUCACGGACACCGUGGAUGACCAACAGGUACAAUCUGAAAAUACAUCGAAAGACGAGCCAAAAUUGGAUGAAGUCAAACCCGAUGUAAAAACUGAUGUAAAUUCUGGUGUGAAAUCUGAUGUAAAUUCUGGUGUGAAAUCUGAUGUAAAAUCUGAUGUAAAACCCGAUGUUACACCCGAUGUUACACCUGAUGUAAAACCUGAUGUAGAACCAAAAGCAGAAUCGGAAAAAAUAAUCAAAGCCGCCGCCGAUUCUUCAAUAAAACAACCAGUAAUCAAGCUAAACCGAUUAUCAGAAGAAGAUCAGUUACUCUUACAGAAGAGUCUCAAAGAAUUCAUAGAAACCAAACCAAAGUUAGCUAAAGAUAUGGGUAUAGAUUUAAAUGACAUUCAAAAUGAAAAGUCAGAUUCUGAAGAUGAAGAAGAUGGAAAGCGACAGAAAAGGAAAAAACGUAAAAGGAGCGGCGAUAAAAGCGAUGAUGAUUACCAACCUGAUACCUUUUCUGCUCUAAUAGACAGUAAGAGGAGAAAGGUAGUUAACGAAGAAGUUCCUGAAAUUGUAAUAGUUAAACCAAAAUUGAGGAGAGUGGAAAAGAAAUUCGUUCCAGUUUUGGAAAAAUUAUCGCAAGAAGAACUCAUGGAGACCAAUACUUAUCAUAAGUUCAAUAAAUCUAUAGAACAUGUUCUGAGAUCAGGGGAAGACCUUGAUAUUACAAAGAUAGGUGACGAUGGUAUGAUUCAAGAAGAAAGCCUAUUGAGUCGGAAUGUAAUGCAAGAAUUAUGUACAGAGGCAGCUAAAUUAAAAAUACUUGGUGCAAUGGAAAUGAUCCCCACAGAAAAGCUAACAAGAUUGCUAAAUAUAUUGGAAAUGAACAUCCGUGGAGGGGAUAGAGUAUCACCAAUAUCUGACGAAGACAACGAGUGUAUUCGUCAGCUGUGGUUAGAAACUACAAUGGAAAGAGUAAUGGGUGCCGCAGACGCUUGUUUGGUGUGUAUGAACGUAAUGACGUCUAGAAACAUGUCGAAACGUGUUUAUAUAGAAGAAGUAAUUGAUCGAGUAGUACUUUUCAUCAAGUAUCAGCUCCAUAAUACUAUUUUUCCAUCUUUUGACUCUACAUACAUGUUGGAUAAUAAAAAGAAAGAUGGCCGUCGAAAGAAAAACAGCCAUGUUUCUGAGAAGGGUAUAUUAGUUUUAUAUACAAAAAUAUCGGAAUUAGUAAAUUUGCUAGCAGAAUUAUUAAAUAUCCAAGUUUUAACUGAUACAUCAGUGCUUCACGCUUCUUCCAUGGGUGUUUCUCCAUUUUUCGCCGAAAAUGUUAGUGAACUUCAAUUAGCAUGUCUUAAACUUGUCACAACUAUUUUUACAAAAUAUGAAACGCAUAGGAGACUUCUUUUGGACGACAUUUUAGCCUCUAUUGCACGUCUUCCCAGUACAAAACGUAGUUUAAGGACCUAUAGGCUAAAUAGCGAAGAACACAUUCAAAUGUUGACUGCUUUAGUACUCCAGCUCAUCCAGUGUGUGGUGGCUUUACCAAAUAAUUUCCAGCAACGGGAUUCUAAAGAAAAAUCUCAAACCAAUGAAAAAUCAACACCAAAGGUUGAUCCUGAUAUUUUAAUUUCCAGCAAAUACGAAAAGGCGACAUCUACGGCAGGUACCUUCCUUACAGUAUUCCUCAAUAAAUGCGGCAGCAAACAGGAAGACAUUGAUUAUCGUCCUUUAUUUGAAAAUUUUGUACAAGACCUUUUGGCAACAGUCAAUAAACCUGAGUGGCCUGCCACUGAAUUGCUACUAAGCAUUCUAGGAAAAAUGUUAGUUAAAAACUUUUCAAAUAAGGGCACUGAUAUGUCAUUGAGAGUAGCUAGUUUGGAUUAUUUGGGAGUUGUUGCUGCUAAAUUGAGAAAGGAUAGUGUUGUGUCUAGAUGCAAAUUGAAUACCAUUGACCAAAUGAUUAAGGACAUCAAACAAGAAGAGCAGAAGGAUAACGAUGAACCUGUUUCUAAAAAUAAGAAAAAGAAUCACUUGGUAAACAAUGACCACGAGCGUAGCAUAUUCUUACAAAGAGUCUUACUCGAUUUUCUUGCUGUAAACGCCCAAAAUGACGAGGCUUAUAAAUAUGCAAGGCAUUUUUACAUAACCCAAUGGUACAAAGAUGCUGUCAACAAAAAAGCUCAAAUAGCUAUGGGUGAAAAGAAAAAUGCUAAAGAGAAUAACAACCACAAAACUAAGAAGUUUUUAGAGGAAGAUGAGGAAGAGGAAUCCGAAGAAGAAAAGGAUGAAAUAUCUAAGAAAACAACUGAUCAGCAAAAUGCUGAAAAAUUUUUGCAAAUCGACGAAAAAAAGAAGUUCCUCUUGAGCAAGAUCAAGCCAUUUCAGGAAACGAUAUCAAGUGGAAAUAGAGUCCAAGUCUUUCAAACUUAUAUAGAUUAUAAUAGUGCAGAGCUUAUUGCUCAAUUUCUAGCUUCAAAGAGGCAUUUUUCUCAGAGUUUCGACCAAUAUCUAAAAGCGAUCUUGAUUGUUUUAAAAGAAACUUCAAUAGCUAUAAGAACCAAGGCUAUGAAAUGCCUAACCAUGAUUGUAGAAGCGGACCCAUCUGUGCUUGGUAGACAUGACAUGCAAAUGGGUGUAAACGCAUCAUUCCUGGACCAAUCUACAUCUGUAAGAGAGGCGUCUGUAGAUUUAGUAGGCAAAUUUGUUCUUAGUCGUCCAGAAUUGAUAAGUAAAUAUUAUGAAAUGCUGUCAAAUCGUAUAUUAGAUACGGGCGUAAGUGUAAGAAAACGAGUGAUAAAAAUCCUUAAAGAUAUAUGUAUAGAAUGUCCGGAAUUUCCUAAAGUUCCGGAGUUGUGUGUCAAAAUGAUUAGGAGAGUCAACGAUGAGGAAGGUAUUAGAAAAUUGGUUAUGGAAGUAUUUCAGAAUAUGUGGUUUACUCCCACUAAAGAUGCCUUCUUGUUGAGGAAGGUUAUGAACAUUACCGACGUUGUAGCUUCUUCCAAAGAAAUUGGUUUGGAAUGGUUUGAACAACUUCUGCUUAGUCUCUUCAAACCAAAGGAAGAUAAAGACGAUUCAACAAAAGUAAUGACCGAACCACCGAAAGCUCUACUUCUAGCUUGUCGACAAAUAGUGGAUUGUCUUAUAGAAAACGUAUUGAGCCUAGAAGAAAGCACUGAAAACAGUGGUUCAUCUCAACGGCUCGUAGCUUGUUUAACAACCCUUCACCUAUUUGCUAAAAUCAGACCUCAACUUUUAGUCAAACAUGCCAGUACUCUACAGCCUUAUUUAGGCUUGAAGUGUCAGUCAUUAGGUGACAUACAGAUAAUCAGUAGUGUCGCAAGAAUGUUGGAAUUAGUUGUACCUCUAAUGGAACAUCCUAGUGAUUCAUUUUUGGCACAGCUGGAAGAAGAUGCUAUGAAGUUGGUAUUGCAACAUGACAGACCAAUCGUGAGCAGUUGCUUGUCUUGUUUAAGUUCAAUUAUUAAUAAAGUCACAAGGAAUUAUCAGCUUAUCAGGGACUGCUUUAAGAAAUUUUAUGAAUUUUUGAACAGAUACAAAAAUUGGAUUGAAACUGAUUAUCGGUUGUACCAAGAAGUUAAAUCUAAAGCUUAUUUUAGGAGAUCUUUAUUUAUCGUUGGGUUGUUACUCAGGCAUUUUGAUUUCAAGAAUCCCGAAGUUUCAGGCGAUUUAUCACCUGAUCUGAAAGAAGAAGUUUACCAAACAAUGACGUUCUUUUUACAAAAAGAUGACAUUGAUAUGCAGGCAAAUACGUUGAAAGCUAUUGGCAGCAUAUGCAUUCGACAUUAUGAAUUCAUGUUACAAGACGAAUUGAAAAUGUUUUAUCACAGACAAUUGACUUUAGAAGACGCUCCGUUACGAAUGAAAGUUGAGGUUUUGAUUAAUAUUGAAAAUUAUUUAGUCGAAGAAGAAAACAGAAUGAUUCAACAAGAUUUAGAAUGGAAAUCUAGAGCAAAAGAGGAAAACUUAAAGGAGAUGGGUGAUGUGACAUCUGGAAUGGCAAGUACAGUCAUCCAGUUGUACCUAAAAGAAAUAAUGCAGUCCUAUCUCCACCACAGCCUUCAGGUAAGGCAACCCGCGCUGAGGGUCAUACAACUAGUCCUGCAACAAGGACUGGUCCACCCAGUUCCCAUAGUACCAUACUUAAUUUGUAUGAGUACUGAUACUGAAAAAAUGGUCUCACAUAGUGCUGAUAAGCAGUUACUCGAAAUUGAGAAGAAAUAUCCAGGAUUUAUUCAUACGAAAUCGUCACUGGGUAUAAGGUUGUCCUAUCAAUUACAGAAAAUCUUGCAGGGUGAAAGCAUCAUUAGAGGAUCGAGGGUAAAAGAACAAGGCGAUUAUCCUAGUGCCUUGAAUGGCUAUUUGUACUCAAUUCUUCGUAGUUCCAGACAACAAAGACGUGCCUUAAUACUUAAUAUUUUGAAACAAUUUGAUGAGCAAGCUCGUACCACUUUAUCUUAUAUGUUGUACCUGGCCGAUAAUUUGGCAUACUUUCCUUACCAAGUGCAGGAUGAGCCUUUAUUCAUUGUUCAUCAAAUUGAUAUUAUGAUAUCAGUUUCCGGAACGAAUCUGUUGCAGAAUUUUAGAGAUUCACUGCUUAGUAACAUAAACAAACUGAACAAACAACACAGACCUGACAGGUCCCGACAUAUAUCAGAAAUCAAGACCAAUACUGGUGAAAAUUCGAUUCAGAGCCCUGGUUUGUUGCUGAUAGAAGGUAAUAAUCCAAUGAAAAUUAUCGACAACGAAAAUGGUGAAAUGUUAAAUAUUAUUUCUGCAUUGGACGAAGAUGAUGAUGACGAAGAAUUGUUAUUAACUCGAGUACCUGAAGACACCAGUCAACUUCAAGCUUGUAUAACAGCCGCUCAGGGUUGUUUACUUCUCCUUAAAUUAAAACAACAUAUUAAAGAUGUUUACGGCCUUAGUGAUGGAAAAAUCCAGCAAUAUUCGCCCUUAGAAUCUGCGAAGGUUUACGAAAAAGCCAUGCAGCGUAGGUCAAAUGCCCUCUUUAACCCAAAAGCGACUGUAAAGAAACUUAAAGAAGGCAAACCAGCGGAAUAUUUAGAUGAAAAUGGAAGGCGAGAGAUCAUUCGGCAAUAUGUAGACUUUAAACAGCUGAUGCUGCAACUCGACCCAGACGAUCCAGAUGACGAUGAAAAUGCUCCAAAGAUGCUUAUUGCAUUAGCAAAUUCAACCAACACCGAUGCGCAAGGAAAUUCCGGUGCAUCGUCUUCGAUACUCACCGAAACUGACCAAAUAGUACUCGAUAAUUACAAAGUACCGGCAAAUAAAAAUGAUGCCUCACCAAAAGUGCCCAAAUUGGUGAUAUCAAAUCGAAGGUUUGAUAGUGAUGCAAAACGUACCCUAAGAACUCCAAAACCGGAAAAAGUGAAAAAACACAGACAUAAAAAGAAACGGCGGAAGUUCGCGAGUUCAGACGAUGACAGUGAAAAUGACUAUAGUGAUCCGGACUUUAUGGCCUAGCUAUCCACCGUGUGAACAACUUACUGUUCUGACUAUAUAGUAAGUUUUAGUUAAAUCUUUGUCGGAAAUUUACAGAUUGUUUUUAUAAAUUCAAGAAUAAUAUGAAGAAAAUUUUUGUAUGAAGUAAAAGUAAAGAAGCACUUUUGAUUGUAAAUAUACUCUUAAUGUUAAAUUCUUUUACAAAAAUGGUGAUUGUUCUAUUUUGUUUUUCGUUCGUUUUCUUUUGUAGAGAUUUUCACAUAUUUUAUUAUAAAUAUGAAUAGAGAGGUAUAUUGAAUGUGAGGAUCUCUUCAGUAGCACCUUUUGUAUAGUUUUCAUAUACAUUUUUUUAUUGAGUAUGAAUCAGGAGAUUCUUAAGAUGUAAAUGUUUCGCAUUAAUUUUAAUUAACUAGUCUAUGGAAGUGUUUUUUACACUACUGUUUCUUUAGUUCUUCUCAUCCCACUAUAAAAUAGUAGACUACCUAUUAUUAAUUAUCAAGUUUUAAGUUUAAAUAGGUAAUUUAUUAAAAUUGAGGCUUUCUAUUGUAUAGUGAUAUUUCAACUUCGAAUUUAAAACAUUGGCAGUUCAUUUAUACUAUUUUGUUGAAUUUUUACUUCUAAUAAUGCUCAAUAACUAAUGAGUGUGCGUAAUACCAUUCAUGUCUCAAAUUCUAUCAAAAUAAUCAGUCCCAUAAAUUUAAAUAAAUGUUGCAAUCGAUUGUUUUUUAUCAUUUUCUUGUAAAUCUUUUGCCUGCAUUGUCUCAGUUCUCUAAUUUCUCCAGCUUUUUCUAGGUCGUCCUCUUCAUUGUUUUUGUUGUUUUCUUAUCCACGUAUUCAAUAUUUUUCUAUGAUCAUUAUUUUCCAAAUCUUUUUAAUAUUCAAUUUUAUAUGUUAAUGCUCAUUUACCGCAAAUUCAUUUUCUUCAUGCGAUACGUUCACAAAUAAUAAUUACUAUGAUUGGUGAUGUUUCUCUUAGAUACUGUUGUAAACAUAUAUUGAUUUGAAAUUUCUAUCAAUAUUUGUUUUUUAAAUUGGAUAUAUGACUUAGUCAACCUAUUUUUACACUGACAAUUGAUUUCAUUUUUGUUAUUCAUGUCUACCACAAAUUCAUAUUUAAUAUUUAUUAGCUUUGGCAUCAAAUAAUCAUAAUUUGAAAACCCAAAGAAGAUUUGAUCUUUAUUGAUAACUAAUAUAAAUUAUUAUUUAGUAAAUUUCGUUUUCAUUAAAAAUGUUAUGAAUUUACUUAAUAUCCAAUGCUCCUAUUCAGAUAAUGAAAAUUAUGUAGGUUGAUAUAGCAGGUCAUGUACUAUUAUGCCUAUCAAAAAAAAAUGUAUGAAAGUCUAUUGGCGUUUUCAAUAUUUUAACUAAAUUAAGAACACAAUAAAAGGUUUCUAGAAAUAACAAACUUGAGGUAAAAUAUUAAUAAUCUGACUUAUAAAUGACUGCCAUUUCCAUUCAGGAGUUGAUUUAGUUUCAUAUAUUUCCUUGUUGAAAUUCUACUGUGAAUCAUCCUGGUUAAGACAUUUUUCUAUUUGUACAUAGUAUUAUAAAUUAUUUUUUGUUCGCAAAAUUUAUGUAUGAAUUAUUUAAAAUUUAAUUCCAUUUUAAUUUAAGUUGAUUAAAAUGUAGCACAGAGGGUUUGUGGAGCAUAAUUAUGUUUUUUUUUUAAUUUCUGCAUUAAUUUAAAAUUAGUUCCUAAACCAAUAGUUAACCUAAUAAAGCAAAGGUAAACUAUCUUUAAAACUUUACAUAAAAUAUGUUUAAUAUGUUCAUUCUGUUUAUGCUUUGGAUUUUCCAUUGUUUUCGGGAAACCAUCAAUUAUUUAAAAAGUGAAAUUUCUUAAGAUUUCAUUUUGAUUUUUUCGUAUUUCGAAAUAAAAAACAGAUAAUUUUUAUUGAUUCAUUCACCCAUUUUUGAUGUUGUUUAAGAAAUGGUUUCUAUGAGUUCAUAUUGUUUCGUUUAUUGAGUUAUGCCAGAGAAUGCAUAUUAUAUUGUACAGGAUAAAUUGAUUAUACAAUUUUAUUUUAACGAGCUUAAAGAUAUAGAUCAACCAUAAAGUUUUUAAAUUUAAAUUAUGAUAGAACGACAAAAAAUUAAUUUAUAAAAUGUUGCAAUCCGAUUAAACGGCAUGGUGUUUUAAAGUAAUUAGCUGUAAUAAUUGUAUUUAAGGAUUUUGAACAAAAAAUAUAAUAAAACUGUUAAAUGUUCAUGUACGAAGUGUGAUAAAAAAAAAAUAACUGGAAUUUUUAUUUUUCUUGAAGAACAAUUUUGUCCCCUUCAAAAUAAUCCCCCUCACACUUUUCCCAGCGCUUUUUUCAAUUUUGGAAGCAGUUCUGGAACUCACUUUUCGGUAUAGCAUUCAGCUCCUUCAGUUACAGGGGGCCAUGUCGGGCAAAUACGGUGCAAAGACAAAACAUUUUAUUUUUAAUCAUGAAUAACUAGUGAGGUGUGAGCGGGAGCAUUAUCGUGAAGCAUUUUCCAAGAGUGUGGGUUUUCUACAAUUCUGGACGUUUUUCCCGUUAUUUUUUUAUCAUACCUCGUAGAUAUGUUUAAAAAGGCACUAAAUUAAUUUUGUAUAACUUUUGUAUUAUGAAAUAUAUCUUUAAUGAAGGAAUCAGGGAUUUUAUGGAUUAAAGUUUCCAGCUGUUUUCUAAACCACAUUUAAAAAAUGUUAUUAGUGUUAAAAGAUUCUGAGCUUCUGUAAGACUUAAGAUACAUUGUACAUUAAUUGAAAAUUAUACAUACACAUAAAUACAACUAAUAUGAAUAAAGGUACCCAAGAAACUACAGGAAGGUUUAGUCUAAAGUUCUUAUAGACAACUUGAUAAUACUACAGGUAUUGAGUAUUCAAAGAAACGUUGGUCUGAGAAAGGAGCCUUGAUGAGUUAUACGAUAGGUACAGUUUAAAUUUAGUUUUAGUUCUAACUUUCUAACGAGGUUUCUGAUGAGACCAACGUUUAGUUGAAUGUUUUUAACAAAUGUCUUGUAAAAAUAACGAACUGAAUAUAUUCCAAGACUACCUUUAAGUUUGAGCCCUUUUUAAGCUGUUGGCACCUUCAAAUAACCAAUUCGAAUCCUGUACUUUUUUGUUUAAAUAAUUUCUCUGUGCUAUAUAGAUUUUGGUUUUUAUACAAAAGUGUUAUAAAACUUUCAAAAUGUAUGUCACUUAAAUAAAUACUGAUCAUUUCAAAAUGUACAUUCAUAUUUAUAGGUAUGUACUAAAUUAAUUGAAUAGGUUAUGAGGAUUUUUAUUGUUGUCUUGAAAAUUUCAUAUGCGGGGAAUUCUGACGAUUCCGAUUUUGAUUUAAUUGUAUAAAAUAUAUCCUUAAAUAAUGUAUUAAUAAAAAAAUAGUCAAAUUUAUUUAUUUUUUAAGAAUCUAUUGUUUGGUCUAGAAUUACUCUAAAUAGCCUCUUCAGUAAAAAUAGCCAGGAUUAUUGGUACUAUUAGAUACAUUAUUUCAAUUUAUAUUUGUAUACAAUUGCAAUUAAAUCAAAAUCAAAUAGUUGUCAUGUUCUUUAUCCCAGAUAUAUUUUUACCUGCAAUGGCCGCGCUUGAAUAAUUCAUCCUUCUUAUGAUAUUUUUCUUCUUACAAUCUUGGACAUAGGUCCCAUUUUUCUCCAAGACUUUCUGCUAGCCCCUAGCCUUCUUAACAUUAUCACUCCACCUCAUCCGAUUUCUUUCACUAAUCCUUUUUAGGUAACCGUAUUAUAUUGUCUUUCACUAUGUUAUUGCUAUUUGGUCGUUUGGUGUCGCUUGGUUUAAAGCAUGAGCAAAUAUUCAGAAAAUUAAGGUGAUCAAGACAUUUACAAGCUGGGGUGAUGAGUGGAAGCAAGAAAACAAGGAAAAAGCCAGCAAUAGACGAUUUUUUUACUUAAUUUUCAAUUGUACCUCCUUGAAAAAAAAUGGGGAAAAUGAAAAUAAGAAUUUUCUCAUUGCCAAUAACGAAUUACUCUACGGUGUCGGCCACUGAACGUCUUCCAAGCUACAGAGUUGGCAUUGAAGCAGUAGAAAAGGAAUAAUGUCAACGUUGCCAUUUACACAAACCGACCGCGGUGAAAUUCUGGCCCUGUGUAGGCUGGCAUCGCUGGUAUUGUUCUUUUCCUACUUGCGCUAGGACUGGCUCUCUGUAGUUUUCACACAUACUUGUGCCAAGGGAUAUAGGAAGACAUUUGAUGGCCAAUACUGUAUACUAGUAGUUAGGGGUUAAUCUGAUAUUUCUUCGGAUGUUUUAUAGUGCGGCCAUUGCAACAAUAAAACUUAUUUUUGAGAAUUAAAAAUAAAAUGUAAGUCUGAUCUGAGUUGGGUAUUUAAACUAUAAUUGAUGAAUAUGUUAAUAAAGAAUUAAUAUAACCAUAAUUGCUCGUUUAUGUAUGCCUACUAAUAAUUUUUGUGUAUAUAAACAUUUAACAUCUAUGCUGUUUGGUACAAAACAGUAAUUCAACAAAAGAGCAAGACAAAAAAUUCGAAGAAAAAUAUAGAUUGAUUAGUACUAAGUAAAAAAACAACUAAUGUGUUUAAGGCAAGUAGAGUAAAAAUUAAACCAAUGUUUCAUUAAAGCUACUUUUAAAAUAUUGUCAUCCGAAUACAAUAAUAACAGACCACUGUAGAAAUGAAACACAAACAGUAAACUUUAACAAACUAAACAAAUUACUUAAGAAAAUCUAAAAAUAUUAACCAAACAUUGGUUUAAUUUCAAGAAUCUUGUUUUAAUUUGUUUCCACUCGAUUUAGAAGAAUUUGAUUUGCUAAAAAUCGCGCAAAGUAAAUCUUAUCAAUGUUUGCUAAUAAAACAUAGUGAACUGGGCUCAAUACAAGUUUUAAGUGUUGUGAAUUAAAUCUUAAAAUUUAUGCUAACAUUAUCUAAAAUGAAGUAUUAUUAUUGAUGCACAAUUCGAGACUUUUGUCUUAAUAGAAGAGAUUUUAUGAAUACAACGUUUCUAGUUAAUGAGGUUUCUUACGAUAUCUAUAAAAAUUAUUUAAGUUUUACCUAUUUUUCUUUUUGUUUAUAUCAAAUAGUCCCAAAAUGAAUAUAAGAAAAGCACAUCCUUACUAGCACCUACAUAAUAAAAAUUUUAAUAAAAAAUGGAAGCUGCUCCUGACUAUUAAUAUACCCUACCCUCAAUCUCAUUAAUUAGAAACAAUAUUUAAUUCAAUCUUUAUAUUUUGAGACAUACAGUCUUCAGUUAUUCUAGUUUCUGUAAUUUAUGACUUACCCCGUAUAAAAUCUAAUGUUGAACAUUCUUGGAGCUUUUAAUAAUUACGAAUAUCAGACUUACAUCUUCCAUGUCUACUGUAGAAUAUGAAAAUUAUUUUUUAUGAAGUCACAUUUUUAACAAAAUAUUAACAGCUUCAAUUUUUACUCAUUAACGAUUUUAUUUCUACAUUUGAAAAGUUACUGCAAUAUUAAAAGCAGUGCUAUUCUGCAUCUGACCGUUAAGGCUUAGAACAUUCUUAUAAAAAUGCUUGAAAUAAACCAUUUGAACAAGAUAAAAGUUUUUCAAAAAGUUGUCAUUUAUUUGACUGAAGAUUUACUUGGUCCAAAUUAAUAUGUAGUUUCAGCGUUUUUCAACAAUUUGUUUCCAAAAGAAAAAAUAUAUAAAUCCAACAUUUUUGUCUUCCAAUAUUCGUGAUUAUUAUUAAACGCAUUUUUUUAAACAUUUGUAAUAAAUAGCAAUACCU